UAAAUACGGUGCGUUCCGUUGGUGCAAAAUUCCCUCUCUACAGUAGCGCUCCGUCUGAAUCAUAUCAAAAAAACAAUUCGUCAUCUUUCAGAUUUGUCCCAUCUCUCUCUCUCUCUCUCUCUCUCUCUCUCUCCCUCACUCACAUCAAAUCCCUCAAUUUCUAGGGUUUAUAGCUCUCUCUCAUGUCCCAUUUCUAAGCGUUUAGGGUUUUUGUUAAUUAUUGGUUUCAUAGGCUUCAUCGUACAACCAUGGGUGACUGGCAACAGCUCGUGCAGUCCAUAGUCCUGGGCCUCAUUUUCUCGUUCCUUGUCGCGAAGUUGAUCUCCAUAGUCCUCUCCUUCAAAGAAGACAACCUCUCCAUCACUCGCUCCGCCCCAAAACCCGAAAUCCCAGACGACCCGAACCCGGGUUUGGCACACGAGACCGACUCGGUGGUCGCCGAGCACGGCAGCGUCCGAAACGACAGCGUUCCGGGCAGCGAUGUCGAAACCGACGACGACGAUGAUUGGGAGGGAGUGGAGUGCACGGAGCUGGACGAGAUAUUCAGCGCGGCCACGGCGUUUGUGGCGGCGGCAGCGGCUGAUCGGCUCUCCGAGAAGGUCUCGAGCGACGCCCAGCUGAAGCUCUACGGGCUCUACAAGAUCGCCACCGAGGGCCCGUGUAGUGCGCCGCAGCCCUCGGCUUUGAAGGUCACGGCUCGGGCCAAGUGGCAAGCAUGGCAGAAAUUGGGUGCUAUGCCUCCUGAGGAAGCUAUGCAGAAGUACAUUGAUAUAGUAUCAGAGUUAUAUCCUUCUUGGUUGGAUGGUUCAGCUCUGAAGAGCAGAGGUGGAGAAGGUGAUGCACUGAGUAAAGAUGCUAAAGGGCCAAUGGGACCGGUUUUCAGCACUUUUGUCUAUGAGGAAGAAUCUGGAAAUGAGUUGAAAAUGGACGCUAUUCAUGCCUUCGCUAGGGAAGGAGAAGUGGAUAAUUUGCUUAAGUGUAUCGAAAGUGGCAUUUCAGUAAAUCUGAGGGAUAGCGAGGGACGGACUCCAUUGCACUGGGCUGUGGAUCGUGGCCACCUUAAGAACACUGAAUUGCUUGUUAGCAGGAAUGCUGAUGUAAAUGCAAAGGAUAAUGACGGCCAAACCCCAUUGCAUUAUGCUGUUGUGUGCGAGAGAGAAGCCAUUGCCGAAUAUCUUGUGAAGGAAAAUGCAGAGACUGAUAUAAAGGACAAUGAGGGCAACUCUCCUUCUGAUCUGUGUGAGGCAAACUGGCCUUGGAUGCAAUUUGCAGGGAAGCAGAUUGACUGAUAGCUUAUUAGUCUUAGGUUUCUUUCUGUCAAAUUUGUUUUUGACAAAUUUUCGAUGGAUGUGUAUAUGCUUCUGUAUAACCCUUACAACUUUUAUAUCUUUCAGAUAUAUGAAAUUAGUGAUCAAGUUCUUUCUA